GCUGCGGCCGGGCGAGGGCACAGGUGCCGCGCUGCCGGCUCGAGGAGCUCGCAGCUGCAGGAUGGGCAACAGCGCGGGCCGCAGCGACUUCGAGUGGGUCUACACCGACCAGCCGCAUACGCAGCGGCGCAAGGAGAUGCUGGCCAAGUACCCAGCCAUCAAAGCGCUGAUGCGGCCAGACCCGAACCUCAAGUGGGCAGUGCUGGGCCUGGUCCUCGCGCAGCUGCUGGCCUGCUGGCUGGUGCGGGACCUGGCCUGGCGCUGGCUCCUGUUCUGGGCCUAUGCCUUCGGUGGCUGCGUCAACCACUCACUGACGCUGGCCAUCCACGACAUCUCCCACAACACUGCCUUUGGCACAGGCUAUGCCUCACGCAACCGCUGGUUCGCCAUCUUUGCCAACCUGCCAGUAGGUGUGCCCUACGCUGCCUCCUUCAAGAAGUACCACGUGGACCACCACCGCUACCUGGGCGGUGACGGGCUGGACGUGGACGUGCCCACACGGCUCGAGGGCUGGCUGUUUUGCACGCCAGCCCGCAAACUACUCUGGUUGGCGCUGCAGCCCUUCCUCUACUCACUACGGCCGCUGUGCGUGCACCCCAAGGCCAUCACCCGCAUGGAGGUGCUCAACACGCUGGUGCAGCUGGCGGUGGACCUGGCCAUCUUUACCCUCUGGGGCAUCAAGCCCGUGGCCUACCUUCUGGCCAGCUCCUUGCUGGGCCUGGGCCUGCACCCCAUCUCAGGCCACUUCGUGGCUGAGCACUACAUGUUCACCAAGGGCCACGAGACCUACUCCUACUAUGGACCGCUGAACUGGAUCACCUUCAACGUGGGCUACCACAUGGAGCACCAUGACUUCCCCAGCAUCCCGGGCUGCAACCUGCCCCUGGUGCGGAAGAUUGCGCCCGAGUACUACGACCACCUGCCGCAGCACCACUCGUGGGUGAAGGUACUCUGGGACUUUGUGUUUGAGGACACCCUGGGACCCUACAGCAGGGUGAAGCGGGUGUGCAAGCUGGCCCAGGGUGGCCUCUGAGACCCUGCUGAUCCCGCACUGUGUGCCCGCUGCCCAGCCCUGCUUUGGGCUGUGGGCCCUCGCUCCCACUUUUGGUCCUUGCUGGAUCCUGGAACUGCCCUCAUGGCCAUGCCUGGGAAUGGUGGGCACAGGCCCCAGCGGAGCUGCUUGGUCUGCAUGGGGCUCUGCAUCACUUCUGGCCUUGGUGGGGGGCCAAGGCCCAUCCCCAGCCAGGCUCUGGGCCCAGGGGCUCCAUGGAGCUGCUGUCCAGCGUUUCUAUCAUCCAUUAAACCAAGGCUUGUCUUCACA